AUGUCGGGCUUUCAGAAUAUGAACCCUCAACAACCUUUCUAUGGUCAGACUCCCAAUCGACCGGUCCAAUCUACCAAUAGUCCCGUACUCAUGCCGAAUCAAUUCACUCCGUCCUCUGCAGCCGGAUCAUCACCGAACAUGCAGUUCGGCUCACCGAAUAUGCAGCAGCUUGCUGAGUUCCAUCGAGCUCAACAGGCUCAACAGGCUCAACAGGAUCAUCAAGGUGUCUUGCCAACGGCUGGAUUAGCGCAGCAGUAUCAACAACUUGUACAACAACGACAGGCCUCUCCUCAAAUUGUCCAACAGCCCGUUAUGAAUGCUAGACCUUCGUUACAGCGCACACCCAGUCAGCAACAGUUGUUCGCGCAAAUGGGUCAGCAAUUCACGCCGCAGCAGAUGCAGCAACAGCAACAACAACAAGUAUAUCAACAGCGACAGCUACAACAGCAACAACAGCAGCGACCUCCUCAGACUCUACAGGCCGGAUCCGCGCCUGCUCCCGCUGCAGCUCCUCGGAACAACGGGUCCGCACUCUCCCGUCUCACUCCAGCUCAAAUCAAGCAGUUGUUAGAGGAUCCAACGCGCACCGCCAACUUUACGCCUGAACAACGCCUCGGUCUCGCCAGGAUCCUUCAGCAGGCUCAAGCUGCUCAGAGUCAGACUGGGUCUCCCAAAGGUUCUGCAGCAGGGUCCUCAGCUCCGUCUCCCCAGCAGCGGAUCCCUCAGCCUGCAGCUCCUAUCCGUAGAGGUUCGUCACAAUCUCCCCAGAUCCCAUUUCAGACGUUUGGUGCAAACGACGGAUCGUCCCCUUCGUCUCAGACGUACGGUUCACCUCAAGCCCAACCUCAGCUGGCCUUGUCACCUCAACUGCAAUUUCAGCAACUUCAACAGGCCACCGUCCGUCCGCCAAUGAACCUCUCUAAUGCCGCAUUGCAAGCCGCACAGGCGAAUCGAGCGAAUCAAAGAGUCCGGCAGAACUCUGUGCCGAUUCCUAAUGCCCCGUCUCCUACGUUUCAGGCUCCGACCUCAUUUCAUUCACCUCAAGCGGCGACGGCAGCGCCCAGUCCCCCUAAUGUAGCUCGACCACCGGCACCUGUCUCCACUUCAUCGGCUGCCAGUCCAGCACAACCACCCAGUGUUUUGAUGAAUACUCCAACACCGACCACACUGCCUCGACCUCCCUCCACAACAUCUGUUCAACCCGCAUCGACCGGGAGUCCGGCUGCCAAACCCGCACCUUCCAUGCCAUCGGUAUUGAGUCCAUACCAAUCGUCUGAUAAAUCGGAAGCUCCCCCACCUUUGCUUUCAGCUCCAGCUAAGCCCACUAGCGCCACAGCUCAGCAAGACAAGCCGAAGAAAAAGGUUACGGUCUCCGAGGCUCGCGCACCGAUCUACUUUGCAAGUGUCGAGCCGACGAACAAGGAGCCUGUCCCGGCUCGAGUGCCAGCGGCCCCUGCUCCCGUUCGACCGGCCGUAAAGGAGCGCGAAAGAUUGGUCGAUUUGAAUGAGAGGAAGCGAGAUCGAGCAAGCGAGGGUUUUCGCGGAUCCAUGCGAGGCGAGAUUUCAAGACUCAUGUAUGCCGCUGGAGACGUAGCAGAGCCCGACAUUGAAUCUGUGGAUCUAAUCGAGGACAUGGUCGCGGACUUUCUGACAGACCUGUGUCGCCCUGUCCCUCCGAUACGACCAGAACCAAACACUGCACACCAGCCCGUCCUGCUCUCCACACAGAUUGUGCGACAUAGACUCGCGUCUCAUCCAUCACUGCGGAAGUACCUGGACAGAUUCGACAUCAUGAACCACCUGGCGGGGGAAUUGGCACGAAGCCGGCGAAUUAUCAAUCAAACCGAAUCACAUUUCGAUCUCGUCGAUACGGUUGGUAAAGAUUACCUAGGGAUAACGGAUGAAGACCUCGCGAAACCCAAGAAGAAGGUCAAAAAGUCGAGUGCAACAGAGGGGGUCAAGAGCGGCGAUUCGAAGCCUUCUGGCACUGCACCAGAGGAAGGGCGUCGGAAACCUGGCCCGAAGAAAGGCUGGAAGAAUGCGCAGAGGGAGGGCACUGGAGGUCCACGCGAGCCUGGGACAAAGAAAGUGAAAGCAAAGAGCAAGGAAAGAAGCGCAAGUGUGACUGUAAAGACAAGGACGAGCGAGUCGCCCGCGCCAUGA